CGGUCCAUGAGCCUUAUGGCUCGAUCUGGGCCUUACGAGCCUAGAGCUUGUAUUUUAGUUUUCCGACAACCAUCAGCAUCACCGACAUGCGUCGUCACUCGUCACCCGCCACUCUUCUUACAUCCAGCAACAGCUAUUUAAGCAGUUUUUGAAUUACGGUUCAGGUUUGGUCACUUCUGCUUUUGCCUGUACUCGCGGUUCACAUGCGAACCUCUCCCAAUUGCUUGCUCUUGUCCUACUCAACUACACACGCAAUCCGUAGCUGCAUAACGCAAGGGAAACCCUGGUAAGCGUAAAGGCAAUAUUAAAAACGGGUGCUUUAAGACAAGCGCAAAGUACAAUCGUGCGCAGCUCCCUACCACAUCCUAGGAGGACACGCACAACAUAUCGCUGGUGCCUUCGUGUUGCCUACAGUUUCAUUCUGAAGGUAUGCAGCGCCAGGAACAUGUGCUGGUGGACCAGAGCGUACGCUUGGCGACUUCGUCUAGCGUCCAUCCAAGCAGCAGCAACCAUGACCCCAGCCCGCUGCAGCCUGGCGUGGUGGUAGUGCCGAGUAACGAUCAGCAGCACGGAGAGGUGCUUACUGCUGCCGGCAGGAGUGCCCAAGGAAACGCCUCGCGUAUUUGGAUUCCCGACAUUAUUCAGUGCAUCGCCCGCUUCCUGCCGCCCAAUGAGGUUUCUUGCAGCUUACGUCUGGUGGACAAGACAGCGGCGUCAGCGCUCCGAGGGCCGGAACACACCGAGGUGCUGCUGUGGAAGCCUGUUCCACAUGACAUUUUCGCCCAGCGCUGGGGCGCACCAGGCGCCAUGCGGAGCCUCAACCUGGAACAGCGACUGCAGCUGCUGUGCCUGACGGCGAGAACCGGCAGUGUUGCUAACCUUGAAGUGGCGGUUGAAAACGUGGGCUUUGAUACAGAAUCUCCAGUCCUUAGGAGCCGGCUGGAGAAGGUGAUGACUUCUGCAGCUGCUGCUGGUCACCUCCAUGUAUGUGAGUGGCUGGACCAGCGGCGCUGGCGUGCAGGGGACAGUGCCCUCGAAGCAGCGGCGGAGGCGGGGCACCUGCACGUAUGCAAGUGGCUCGAGGCUGACCACUGUUGCGUGUCUGAGACGACCGUGUAUGCAGCUCUCUCGGAGGGCCGAACCGAGAUCUUGGAUUGGCUGGGAAGGUGCUCCUAUCCUCUCGACCUAGCAGGUUUCCUGGGGGCAGCUAUGUGGGGUUACGACCUGGAAACACUGAAACAGCUGCAGGAGGAGCUGUUCAGCGAUGACGAGCAAGACACGGGAGGAUGGAGGAUGAGACGGGACGAGACGGAGGAUGAGGAGGAUGGAAAUGAGGAGGAGGAGGAGGAGAAGCCUUACUACGAUUUCAACUAUGGUGAGAUGUGGGCCAUCACCUCCAAUGCAGCAGGCAGCCCGACAGCCGAUUGGCAGGCCAAGUUGGAGUGGAUACACAAGGUACUCCGCAUCCCCAAGGAUGCGGAUGCAUAUAUCGGUGCUGCGGGGCGUCCUGACGCGGUUGCCCGCUUCACAUGGCUGCAGCAGCAGGGCUACCCGCUUUACAGGAAUGACGAGGUAGCCGGUUUGGCUGAAGCCGUAUCAAGGGGCAACAUAGCUGCCGCGGAGUAUUGGCUGGACCAGGGCCUCACGGCGGUCAGCCGGGGGGCUAGACUGGCAGCCGAAAAGGGGCACCUCGAGGCGUUGCAGCUCCUGCAUGCACGCGGCAGCUUGGCAACCGAUGCGAGCAACAAGGUCCUCAGGGAUGUCGUGCGGAGUGCCGUGGAGGGAGGGCAUGUGGCCGUUGUGGAGUGGCUGGUCCAGGUGGCGGGACUGGAUGUGUUGCGCUUACCAGACCUCCUGGAGCGUGCGGCCGGCGCAGGCAGUGCCGUACUGAUGCGCAUGGUGCAUGAGGCGGGGAAGGGGGAGGGGGCGGCCCUGACUGCCGACUUGUUCCACCAGGCUGUUAAGUCGGGCUGCGAGGAGGCGGUGGAGUGGCUGGCGGAGCGAGGCUGCCCCGUGGUGGCUCCAGGGCAGGACAUUCACUGUACACCUUAUGUGGUAGCAGCCCGGCAGGGGGACAUGGCCAUGCUGCGUUGCCUGCGGCGGGUGGGCUGCCCCUGGCAGGGCUCGGAGACCCUCACGUACUGUGUGCGUUGUGACUGCUCCUUGCCGAUAGUGCGCUGGAUGCUGGAGGAGGGCUGCCCUGUGGACUGGGCGGCGGUGCUGCCGACCUAUACGUUUGGGUGGCCUAGGGAGGUUGAAACGUGGUUGCUAAAGCGGAGGAAGCAAGAGUUGAAGCGGGCAAAGGAGGGAGGGCUGGUCGAAGGUGAUGGGAAGUGAUGGCUGCUUGGGAAGAGCAUUAAGGCUGUGCUACAUGGGGAAUUGGCAGGAGUUCGAUCGGGUUCUUCAUUGACCUGCGUUCUUGAGCUGCAUGGACCCAUUGUUGGGAGGUGCGAGACGAGUAGUAGACGAGGGUUUAGAGAUGUUACGAUGGUUGUUGUUGGUACGGCAACGCCUGUGCAUGUUGUCGCUGGCACAAUUAAGAGGUGGUAUUCCACUUCGGCGAGGUCAUAAACCGUGAAACAGUUGCGCUGGAUCCACUUACUAGGGACAGGAGGGGUGUGCUACACCGAAUUAAUGCACCAAAGGCAAGCCUGGGACACCAUCCUAACACUCUCCAGGAAAGACAGCCACCACGGCUGUAUACAGGUCAAGGUUCCCAAUAGGACAUGUAACGUCGCCUACAUG